UUAGCACCAUGGUUUGCUGUGCCCGAGCCCUUCCCGCCAUUUUUCUGCAACUCAAUCUCAUAUUAAUGAUGUACGCGGGCGCGGGAUUCGCGACAGCGGCGCGUCUGAAGUGGGACCCGAGCACGUACGUGCCCUUGCGCGAGUUGCUGCCUCACGAGUAUCGCGCAGCUGCUGCACUGCUGCUCGCAGCUAGCAUUGUGCUGUUCCUGCUGGCACACUUAGCGCUCGCAGCGCUGUACUCACGCCGUGCUAGACGGCUGUUGCUUGUUAUGUACGGCUGCGUCAUGGUGAUGAUGGUCAGCGCGCAGACGGCGUGGGGCUGGUGGACUGGCGUGCGUGUGGCGAGCUGGGCGCACUCGGCGCAGGCGGAGGAACUGCGCCGCGCGCUGCUAUUGCGGGAGCAUUUGGCGCCGCUGCUGCAAGACCUGGCUCAGUGGCAUCCUCUGCCGCAGAAAAUUAACAACAUCAUUAAGGAGGCGGAGGCGGACGCGCCGCGCAACGGUUACGUGGCUGUGGCCGCUUUAGCAGUAUUUCUAGUCCUGCAGCCUGCAGCAGCCGCGCUUGCAUUACUGUUGGCUGCACGCACACAGCCUACGCGACGUGAUGACCAAAAUGUUAGUGUCACCACGAGCUUAGACAGCGAGAGGCGGCCGCUGCGGACGGCGUACAAGAACGGACGACUUGUUCUGGUCUAGUCUUGAUUUUUAGGUUAUAAAAUACGAGCAUUUUGACAUUGUAUGUUUGUUGGUAUUAUUUUUAAAUGACAGAAUUUUUUAGGUUAGGUUGUUUAUGUCUACUAUAACUUUGCACACUUUUAUAUACAUAUAAGUUUCUUUUGUAAACUAAAGUGUGU